AUGGUCUCCGGCCAGGAUCUCGAUUCAGAGAUCUCAACGCCACUGUUAGGUACUCAUCCAUCCGGAGCACUCGUCGAGUACAAGCACAAGCGAUGGACACUGUUUUUGUUAUGCACGGUCAUUGUCACACUUGACUUUGGCACUUUCCUCUCCAUCGCUCCACAGACUCAGAUUAUGGAAUCAAUCGUCUGUCGCAAGUUUCAUCCAGGACUGUUUGUCGAUCUCCCAUAUGGAAAGUUCUUAUCGGAUAAUACACCCUGUAAAUCUGUAGAUGUACAGGGGGAGCUGGCAUUGAUCAGUGGAUGGAAGGAUACCUUGGACCAGAUCCCGGGAAUCAUCCUUGCCCUUCCAUUGGGCUUCCUGUUGGAUCGCAUUGGCCGCAAACCAAUUGCGAUGCUAAGUAUGACCGGACUACUUAUGGAGGAGAUUGCGAUCCGUAUCAUCUGCUUGUACAGUGAAGCAAUUCCUCUUCGAGCUAUCUGGUUCACGCCUUUGUUUCAAUUAUGUGGUGGUGGUUCUCAAAUAGCCAGCUCUGUGGCCUUCACCAUUGUCACAGACAUCUUUCCCGCAGAGCAGCGUGCAAACAUAUUCUUCGUGCUCUUUGCGGCUGUUCUACUUGCCGAGAUCCUCGCAACUCCUCUGAGUGCUUGGCUAAUGUCCUGGUCGCCGUGGCUCCCAUUCCUACUCGGCUGGCUCUGUGAGGGUUGUGGCUUACUGGCAGCCAUACUUAUCCCGGAGACUCUUCCGAAGUCGCUAAACGAGUCGGAAUCUGAAUCGGCAGAGGAGGAGCGUGAUUGCCUUGUCCCGCCACCCUCAUCGUCUAAACGGAAAGGGUCCCUCUAUAGUGCAGGUUCCCAUAUCAUGCACUUAACUGCAUUCAUCUGGGGAAAUGUCAACACGGUAGCUAUCUCAAUUGCAUUCCUGGCGGCUAGUGUUGGAGGGCAGGCCCUCCAGUUGAUCAUCCAAUAUGCUUCCAAGCGUUACUCAUGGACUAUGGCAAAGGCAAGCUUUCUCAUCUCUCUAAAAGGAAUGAUCGACCUCGUCGUCUUGCUUCUAUUGCUACCAACUAUCUCCCACUACUUAAACCGGUACCUUUCGCCAGCUGUCAGGGAUCUUCGAAUAACACAGGGAAGCGCGGCCAUUCUAGCAGUUGGAUUCGGCAUCAUGGCAGUGGCCGACCACCCAGUGCUGUUCGCCUUCGGCGUAUCCAUUCUGGCCUUAGGAUGGGGCUUCUAUUCCACCCUCCGCAAUGUGGCCACAACUUUGGUUGCAGAGUCUCAAAUCGGGACGCUCAACACCACAAUCGCUCUUGUCCAGGGGAUUGGGAGCAUGAUUGCUGGACCGUUGCUUGCCAGUGCAUUUAGAGAAGGCAUGACUUUGGGUGGUACCUGGAUGGGUUUGCCAUACAUGAUGGGUGCUAUACUGUUUUUGCUGGCAGGACUGGCCGCGUCUAGCGUACGGACGCCUCGUUAA